AUGGACUUUCUUCAUGCGUAUCUCUUAUCUCCGGGGUCGAUCUUGGUGGCGGUUGUGACUGUUUUCCUAGUCAACCGGGCAUUGACACGAGUCCCUGGUAAGAAAACAGGAGUAACUUCUGAUUCGAAUGGAUAUUCAUCCAUCGAGGUCAGCAAGGAGCCUGAUCUUCCCGAAGGAUGGUAUCAUAGUCUGGAGGUCUUCGAGUUGGAACGCCGCGCGCUAUUCAGCAAAUCCUGGGUUUAUCUUGCUCACAUCACUCAAUUCGCCAAGCCCGGGGCAUACCAAUCAUUUGAUAUUGCUGGCUUCCCUGUUUUCCUGAUCAGAGGAAAAGACGAUAAAAUUCGCGCGUUUCACAAUGUCUGUCGGCAUCGCGCAUAUACAAUCACCAGGAAAGAGGCAGGCGCCUCUACCGUGCUUGGUUGUCGGUAUCAUGGCUGGAGCUACGAUACAUGCGGGCAGCUGGUGAAAGCGCCUCAGUUUGACGAUGUGCCUGGAUUCGAGAAGUCUGAGAAUAGUCUCUUUGAGAUCCAUGCGCACACUACCAAGGAAGGCUGUGUUUUGGUGAAUCUUGAUGCCGGGGAACCUUGCCCCAUGGAGCCUGCUCUGUCUGUUUUGGAUAACUUUGUGCGGGCUACUAGUCUGGGCAACUCUGAGUGGGUCCUUGGAAAGACGCUGACUGGGAGUUUCAAUUGGAAAUUGGGAACUAGUGGGCCUGGAUUGGCCUCUUUCACUAAACAACUCGAACAAAGAAUCUCCGAAGCCCUCAAGCCAUCACUUACGACUCGGAUGCUACGGGCUGUGAUGCCGAUUACUCACAAAGCACGCUGCACUUUGUUUCCCGGCACAUUCCUAUACUCGUUUGAACAAGCAGAUAUAUGGCUCGCUCUGAAUUUCCUACCUUCUUCGGAAAAAAGUACUCGCAUCCGAUAUGAUCUCUUUGCAUCGACCCCCAAGCCCAGUAUGAACGAGACCGCUUUCGCCAACUCUGUUGAGGAAGUCAUUCAGAGCCUCAUCAAGAGCAUUGAGAACGAUUACCAAUGCGCUACCGAACGGUCAGCUGAAAGCUCAGAAACUACACACAGGAUCCUGAAACAUCUUCAUGAGCACCAAAAGCUAGAGAGGGUUGGUGGGGGGCUGGUUCGCCCAGCAAUGCGUCAGCCAAAGGGCAGUUCGCUUUUCCAGCAGGCUGAGCAAUUAUGCAAGGAGCUUGAUUGUUUGCCGGGAUCACAGUCUGGAUCUGUCUCCUCGAAUAGAUUAGAUUGGUAA